AUGCCGUCACCCCCUCCUCCAAGUCAAUGGCUUCGUGCAAUUGAACUGACGCUGUUGGUCGGCGUUGGACCAUUGCCUAGCACAUCAGACUCCUUGAUGGCUUUUUGCAGCUGGUCCCAACUGUUUGACACCUCCAACGGAGCUCCGCCCACCGCACCACUACCCUCCCCACCGCUGAUCCUUUCCGGCGACCUGGUCUCAUUCUUGACACAAAAGCGCCAAACAAACCUUGAUGACACAUUCUUUGACCCAACAAUCUUCAUCUUUAAUUACUCUGUCUAUGCUGACACCACCCUCACCUCGUCAUCCCCCCAACAAGCCUUCAUGAAACAUGCCAAGGUUGGUCAGCAACUUGCCGAUGCGCCCCUAGAGGUUCCUCACAGACGUAUCCUCUGCCCCCCAUCCUCUUCAAUGCCUGCCAAAGACCAAACCCCAUUGCAACAGCAUGCUGGAGAGGCUUGGACCGUUGUUUCUCCGCGUCAUUCACCACAUCUUCCUCCAAGGCCCCCUUUAAUCUUGCAACAGGCCAGACCAGCUUACCAGGUGCCCCAAACUGAAAUGGAAGGGGAGCCAACGCAAGACCACACAAAUAAAGCUCUUCAGGGCGCUGGCCGUCCCUCACCCUCAGCCACCACCAUUUUGCAAAAGGGUCUCAACACGUCUAAUGCACCUCCCAAAAACACUAGCGCCAGCCCCAUCAAGACAGCUGCUGCCGCUCAAAUGACCACAACAGACUUGCCUGCACCUGGUUCUACUAGUGUUACUCCAGCCACACAGAGCAAAGUAUUGCCACCCACCAACAAUUCUGCCCAGCUCGACACCAAUCCUUCAACAAAGCCCCCACCCCAGCUCUUCAUGCCCAAGUGUCUUUCAGCCGUCUUGACGCCUAUGCAUAAGGCGUCCAUAUCUCAAACUCCCUCAACCAGUACUACAUUAGGUUGUACCAUUGGCAUCCCAAACAUUGCCACUGCCUCCCUUGAGCAAAUGAAGGUUUUAAAGGAUAUAUGGGAGAGGAACCGUGAACCAAUGGCGAAAACGGUUGAGGACUUGCAGGCAAACAAUCUUGACCAGAAAAUCCCUCAGGCGUAUGAUAUGGCCGUCCACAACUUUAGAUGCAUAUCUAGGUUUUGCAUCCAGUUUAACUUUGGCACGUCACAACAAGAGGCCAGCCAACCUUGCUUGUGGGAAGCACGCAACGGUGGCUCAGGUGCACACAAGGAACACCCCCACAACUGGUGA